AUGAGUUGGCAGAAAAAUGACCUGAGGUUUUAUUUCUCUGUUGUUACUUAUGGCUCUCUUCAAUUCAAGCAUCUCAUUCCUGAGUAUCUUUAUUCUUUAUUAUUUCCUCUAAGUACAAAGCUACAACAACAGUUAGCUAGUAUUGGUAUCACUGAACUAACAUGUGGUGAAAAUAAAUAUGAUCUUAGAGAGGUUUGUGAUUAUGAUUUCUCAAUAGAAGAGGUUAAACACUUAUCCACUGAAAUUGCUUGUAAAAGUGGAGAGUUAACAUUAGUCCACAAGCUUGAAUCAUUGAACCUCUUCUCACCAGAUUCAAGAGAUAAUUUUCAAUCUACUGUACUGCAUUACUCUUCUAUGAGUAAUAAUGUUGAUCUUUUUAAGUACCUUUUAAAUCAAUAUCAAUUAUCCAUUGAUUUAAAGGAUCAAUAUGAAUUAAUAACUACUUAUCAGUUAGAUCCUCAUCAGGCUGACCGUAAGGGUAAGCUACCAAUUCAUUAUGCUGCUGAAUCUGGGGAUAUUUUACUACUGGAAUUAUACAUGAAGGAUUACAAGUGUAUUCUGAGCCUAACAGAUAACGAAGGUUCAUUUUCAAGAGGUCACACUCACUUGAUAAAAUAUCUGGUAGAGAAUCAUCACUUAAGUUUUUCUGGAGCAGUUUACAUAUCAGUAGUGAGGGGUCACUUGAAUGUAUUGAAGUAUCUCAUUGAUAAUAAUUAUUGUAAUCCUAAUGCAACUGAUCAUCAAGACCGUACACCACUACAUGUUGCUGUAGCAGCUAAUAAAUAUGAAGUAGUAGAAUAUUUACUGAGUAAGAGUAUACCGUUAAUGAGUGUUGUCUGGUUAUGUGAGAUAAAGUGUUUAUUAGACAGUCCUUGUGACAUAUUCAAUAAUCCUUAUAAUGCUGUACUUGUUAAUGUACAAGAUAAGCAUGGUAAUACACCAUUACAUGUAGCCUGUCAACGCGGACGACAGAAUAUCGUGCUGUUACUACUAAAAGCGACUCUGUCUAGCAAUAACUUAUUAAUUACUAACAAGAAAGGACAGACACCAUUGCACUUAGCAGCUGCCUCUGGUCAUAAGGAUACCACUGAAGCUUUACUGUUCUCAGUCACUGGUAGUUCUACUCAUCAUGAUCUCCUUACAGCUACUGAUAAUGAAGGAUCCACUGUAUUUCAUGUUGCUUGCAGUAAUGGACAUAUUGAUGUGUUUCGUUAUUUAUCCAGUAUUUAUCCUCAAGGUGUUAAUGUAAUUGAUAAUAGAGGACAUGGUUUGCUUCAUGCAGCAUGUGAGAGAGGAGAUAUUGGAAUAGUAAAAACACUAAUUGAGACACAUGGACUGGAUCCUUUAGCAGAAGAUGAAGAUGGCAUCACCUGCUUACACUUACUAGCAGAGAGAAAGGGUACUUGGCUAUUCAUGAGAAUGUUUGAAAUGGAAAUAAGAAGCAUUGAUAUAUACCAGUAUUUGGAACUAAACAUUACGUCUAAUCCAGUACCUAAAGACAGGUCUGGUCGUACUCCUCUUCAUUAUGCUUCUCGUUCUGAUAAUAUUCGUAUGGUACGUUAUCUCAUAGAGACCUUCCCCUGUACUCCUGAUGAUCCUGAUAAUAAUGGAUACACUUCAGUUCAUGGAGCAUGUGAAGCUGGUAGUAUGGAGUUAGUACGAUACUUUCUAAUUGAUCUCAAAUGUAAUGCACUAGCUGAAACUAAAGAUUUGAAAACCAUGCUUUAUUUUGCUAGUAUGAGUUCUAAUUUAGAGCUUGUUCGAUUUUUAGUUAAAAAAUUUAGUUUAAAACCUCGUCCAAAUGAUAUUGAAACAGCUCAAUCAGUUAAUCCUGAUUCAUCAGUAGUUAAAUAUCUUCAAAAGGUUUAUACUGAUAUAAUAUUUGAUAUGAUGGAGGAAGAAAAAAGAAUGAAGGAAAUUUUUCAUGAGGAAUAUGAACAACAAGAACAGACCAAAACACAAAGAAAAGAUAUCACAUCUUAG